AUGAAACUGUUUUCAGUUCUGCCAAUGUUUCUUUUGAUGUUCUCCGUUUCAGGUAAUCCGGAUUGACAGCGUUUUAAAAAAGUCGAAUGAAUAGUGAAAGAAGACUGCUCGGCUCGCAAAAGGGAAAACUUAAUCCGCGUUUUCCAGCGGAUUAGAUCCUGGCCUAAAAAAUGCGUCGCAGUGGCGAGCGAAACUGCUUAACUUUUGUUUAGCAGUAGCUAUUACCCGAAGUUUUAAACUACCUAGAGGAAGAGUACCGCUAGCUACGAAAUCAGCCGUCAGAUCCCGUAACUCGAGGAAACCGAGUGGCUAUGAUACAAGUGGUCAAUUUAAAGUGAAUCGCCUUCUGUAAUAUAUUUGGAUUACAGCGAUUGAAAUUGAUACAAAACUAGGCUAAAACGUGAACUGAUUUUAAAGUCUUCAUCUUUUUGUCACCACCACGAUAUAAAAAAGUAGCAAAGCUUGCAGCUCGAUUCCAACGUACUUUCGUCGUAGCCAUUUCACAACCGCGUAGGAGAUCGAGUCUAACGUUUUUUUUAGUCUUGUGUUCCUCGCUGUAAGGAGAGAAGUCGAAUCAUUUCUUGUUUAUUUCUAGGUUAUUGCCCUGGAAGUUGGAAACAGUUCAAAAGCUAUUGUUACAUCGUGAGCAGCCACAUUACGACUUGGCAAGGGGCUCAGUCGUACUGCAAAAGGUGGGGAGGAGAACUGGUAAAGAUCAACAGCUUUGAUGAAAACGAGUUUGUACUGAAGCUGGUUCACAGCCGUGCGCCAUCGCUGAAACAAAUUUGGAUCGGACUCAAGUGGAAUCCAAGCGUCAACAAUUUCAUUUGGUCUGACAACUCAGUUCCAUUCUACAAGUUCUGGGCUCCGCGUGAACCGAAUGGAAAGUCCAGGGAGCCAUGCAGCAACAUGUGGAUUGCGCGAACCUCCCUGCCUUACCAUGCUUCUGGUUACUGGAAUGACCGCCCCUGUGGGAUUGUUUCAGGAUAUCCUUGUGGAUUUGCCUGUAAGAAGCUGGCAUAG